UGUGUUGAUUGCGUCUUUUACUGUUAGCUACAGUCAUGUUCCGUUGUCGCCAUUAGUUAUACAAAAACGGAUACCUUUCUAAUAAUAGUUUCUUCUAUUUAAAUUGUUGUCUCAUCUUUCUUUUUUAUUUCAACGUGAUUAACGUAGGUUGAUGUUUGCUACUUAUCCGUGCAGCAAUCAUCGUUAUCCUUGGUCCGUUAAAGUACUUGUGACUUCCUUGUUUACUAAUCAACAUUAAAACCGGUAAACACAAACAGUUUAUUCCGGUUAGAGGGUGAUGUGUUGAAAGGACACAAAAGAAAUUGUCAAUUUAAACUUUCCUUCGAAGUAAUUUUUAGCUUAUUCACCAACGAAACCAACUUCGAGAGACAGUUAGUCGUUAUACAAAAUGUCUUUCUCCUGUUGGUUUGGUUCUGAACAUUACCGAGACCAUUUCGAAGAUGGUACAUACAACUGUGCUGAAUGCAACACUCCUUUGUUUGACAGUUUGAAAAAGUAUGAACACACUUCUCCGUGGCCAGCUUUUUUCAGUUUAAUUCAUCCAGAUCUUGUCAGCAGAUAUCAAGAAUCUCCUUCUGCAAUCAAAAUUUCCUGUGCAAAAUGUGGCAAUAGUCUUGGACAUGAAUUCUUGAAUGACGGACCUCAGCUUGGUAAAAAUCGAUACUGAAUAUUUAGUAGUGCCCUGAAAUUUGUUCCUAGAAAGUCUUAGGGCACUAAUUUAUGAAAGGAAGAGAGAUUGAACUUCAAAUAUAUUUUGAGUAUUCUGAAAUUGAGUUGCUUACAAUUCUUUAACCUCUUCACUUUUCUUCAUAUGUUCUUGUAACAGCUUAUUAAAAGAGUAAUUUAUACAAUCUUAUUAAUUUUCAUAAAUUUAUGCUAGUUUUUCAUUUUGGAACAAACUUGAAAAUCUAGCAUUGUCAUUAGGAUAGAAUUAUAGCACUGCUAUGGAGCUGUUUUUUUUUCAUAUUUUUUUUAGAAUGAAUGAGAGUGUCUCCCAGAGUAAUGACCACACUUAUCAUACUAGUUAUUAAUUGAAUUAUUAUGUAAUGUUAUUUUUAAAAUUUUAAAUGAAGAAAAUAACCCAAAUGUAUUGAUUUUGUGUACAGAUUAAAUUAGUUGGACCAGAAUUUGUAACUAAUAAACAAAAUGGUAUAUCCUUAAACAGAAGAUGAACUUCCAAGAUUUCUUGCAGAGAUUGCUGUAGUUGAAAUUAUGUUUUAAAGAACUGAGACUUGUUUUUAUUUUAAUCCACUUUUAUGUGUAUGUUUACAUGGGUUUAUCAAUGUUUUAUUGCUGUUAGAAAUAUAUAUAAUAUGUGUCUUUCAGAAUCCUAUGAUAUAAAAUGGCAGCUUUGUGUUUCAUAAAAGAAUAUCUAAAACUUGAAAAACAGCAUAAAAUAUAUCUUCUACAUAUCCUAUUAUACAUGGCAUAUCUGUGUUGUUCUUCUUCACUCUUAGGUGCAGAAAACUGAUGAUGUUUUAUUCUUCAACUUCAUAUCAUCUAAACAGGUGUCAUUGAAUAGUGACUGACCAGUGUUUCUCUAUUCUUGUUAAUUUUUUUCUUUUUCAUCCAAUAUCUCACAAUAGUAUUUGGUUGAUGUUAACCAUCUCCAAAUAACUGGCUUCUUACAUACUACUAUGUUUUAAAUGUAAAGUUAACAAUUAUUACUCUCCUAAAUGACCAUGUAGUCUUCUGAUUGAAGGCUAUCUUAUUUUUCAAUCUAGUGUUUUCCUUAUGUUGAUUUAUGUGAUUCUUUGAUUCAUUAAAGCAUACAGUUCCAUGGAAUUUUCAUGAGUUAGUAAAAUUCCUGCCAAAGGGAGCUUUAUUUUCACAUUUCACAAUAUGAUUUAAUGUUGACUUUAUAUAUUUUCUGACUUGCCUUUGUGUUAAAUAAACAAUGUUGUGUAUGCAUUGAGAUACUCAUAACUAUGUUUUAAGACAUCAAAUCAGUAAGUUAGUAUUAUCAUCAUCUUUUGCACUAUAUAUGUAUGUAUAUAUCUUCAAUUAUACAUUAAUUUCUUUUAUGGUUAUUGAAGGUAACAUAACUCAUUUAUAUGUUACUUAAAUUUCUGUUAAAAGUGUUGAUGUUGAUCUGUAGGUAAAUUAUUUUUAUAAGAAUUGUUUAUAUUUAAUUACUUUUCUUGAGGAAGAUAUACCUGUAUUUCUGUCUCAAUAUAACUAUGGUUUAAAUUAAUAUUGAUUUAUUCUCACUGCACAAUCUACAAUAGCAUUUUUAUUUUCAUUACUUUUUUUUUCUAGAAGAGACAUUAAUCAGAAACCAAAAUAUGAUUUUAUCUAUCUCCCUUCAAAAUAUUCAUUUUGAAGUUUAUUCUUUGUAUAUUUUUGCUAGAACUCAUGAAAUUAUGAGGCCAGAGCCAUAUUUGGAAAGCCUCAUUUUGGAAGUAUCAGUCUAACAUCAAAUGUACAAAGAGUUAACAACAAAAAGAGUAUCAGAAUCACUUAUCUUUGCCUUUCAAAAUGAUAGUUGAAUCUUAACUAUACAGAAUAAAACAUUCUCCUUAAUUUCUCGGUGAAAACUUUCUGAAACUCUUUUUGUUUGAAAUCUCCAGUUUCAAAACUACUUUCACUUUCUUUUUUUCUUUAUCCUUUGUGUAUUUUUAUUUUAAGUCAGAGCAUAUCUACUUCAGAUGUUUUCUAUCAAAUAUUUUUAUAAUUCAAAUUUCUAUAAAAAAAUUUUUUUCUUAAUAAACACAGUGAAAUAUCAAAGUGUUUAUUUCCUAAACUUGGUGCCUCAAUAAACUUUAACAUUUUAUCUUA